GUUACAGCAGUCGGCGGUCAAAGAACACGCAGUGGGGACAAGAGAAAAAUGCUCCUGGCAUUUGGCUUCUUCGUUCUCUGGUUCAGGGUACUUCAUGAGGUCCAGCAGCGCCACAGCCAGCGCACUCCAAUGAGUCACUACUCCCAGCUGUCGGCCAAGGCUGCCGCCCUGCGCGUCAUCCACCUGCCGCUGACUGUGUGUGGCUCCGUGGCGCACCUGGAGGUGAGCGCUGGCACCAAGAAGCUGGUCGCAGCUGCAGCCUUCAGUGCAGUCUCGGUGCUCUUACUUGCUUCCCACUUCCAGAGGAGGCGGGGCCGCAAGAAGACCGCGUCGCCUCCGCCGGCCCUGCCUUGGGAGCAGUUAAGGGUCAGGCUUUUGUCCUCAUCAGCAGCGCCGGUGGACGGAGCCCCCAGGGAGCGUUCUGAGACUAUAAUCUCCAGCACGGACACAUCUAGCAGCGCCACCUGCGCCUUAGAGUCUAGCUGCUGGGACCGACUAGGCGACGCCGACAUCUGCAGCGUGGUCACCACUCCCGAGAACCUCUACCUUAUGGGUAUGGAUUUAUUUGAAGAGGCGCUGCGUCGGUGGGAGGAGGCGUUGACGUUCAGGAGCAAGCAGGUGGACGACAACCUGAUCUCUGUCAAGACAGGAGCCGCGGAUGCCAUCGCCGAGGAGAACAUGGAAGAUGUCAUCAGUGCAGAGUUUAUCCACAGGCUGAAGUCGCUGCUGGAAAGGGCUUACCGCUUGCAGGGCGAGUUCGAGGGCGUCUUGGGGGUUGCGUUAGAGCCUUUAACCAACGCAAACAGCCAUAACAUUGUGUCUCAAGACGAGCAGGAAGAUGCAUGUUUAAAGGACAGCAUCAGCAUCGCUUCGACGGACUCCUUUGUGUCCGCCGCUGAGCUGUCAGAGCACAAGGAGCUGAGGAGCAACUACACAGUGACUCAUCACCCUUUCUAUGAGGAGGCCUUGCAGUUGGCGGAGGAGGGCAAGAUCACCUGCAGGGUGCUACGGACAGAGAUGUUGGAGUGCCUCGGAGAUGUGGAUUUCCUGGCCAAGUUGCAUUGCGUGAGGCAGGCUUCACAGCUCAUCCUGCGCGAAAGAACCACAAGGUCGUUUCUGGCCGAGACUGGCAAGAGGAUUUUGUCAUCCAUCAUUGUCAAAGCGCAGAAGAGCCCAAAGAGGUUUGAGGAAGUCUUUGAGGAGAUGAUGUGCUUCCUGGAGCAAAAGGAGCAUUGGGAUAACACUGCGCUGGAGUUGGCCACACGCGGUGUCAAACACCUCAACUUCUAUGACAUCGUGCUGGACUUCAUCCUGAUGGACUCUUUCGAGGAUCUGGAGAACCCGCCCAUUUCCAUUCAGAAUGUCGUGAACAACCGCUGGCUCAACAGCUCCUUCAAGGAGACGGCGGUGGCAUCAAGCUGCUGGUCAGUGCUGAAGCAAAAGAGGGAGCACAUGAAGGUUCCUGACGGCUUCAUCGCUCGCUUCUACACGCUGUGUGAGCAGAUCAGUCCAGUCCUGGCGUGGGGCUUCUUGGGGCCCAAGAGUCCCCUGCAUGACUUCUGCUGCUUUUUCAAGGAUCAGGUGCUACACUUUCUGAAGGACAUAUUUGACCUGGACAAGGUUUGCUACUCAUCCGUCGACAGUCUGGCCGAGGACAUGUUGCACCUGCUGCACCGGCGCUCCGAACUGCUGCUGGCCUACCUGGGUGCAGAGUACUCCCUGCAGCUUACCGGAUGCACCGCCAACACACCGCACCCUCUACCUGGAGCCCCCAUGGAGGCCAAUGUGCAGUGAGUGGUUUUAACUGCGCUACAUUUCCCAACACCAGGCUUUGUCAAAGCUCCACCUGAUUAUUGCACUCUUUUUGUGUCCCACCCAUCGUAACUAUGCCAUGACUCUGGACAUUGUUGUAUCAUGUAAAAUAAACUUGGCAUAUUGAUCAUGUUACAGGUGCUGGUCAUUUAAUUACAUUAUCAUGAAAGUUUAUUACAGUGAUUCCAUUCAAAAAGUGAAAUACUAUUCAUUAAUUGCACAGUCAAUUUUUUUUAACUGAACUAAUAAAUCCCAAAUUCACAACUUUAAAGUUGAUUAUUUCUGUACCUCUUCACAGUACAAAAAAAAAAAAAAUUAUAGAAAUGGCCAACUGAAGAGUGAAAGCAUGAAAAGGAUGCGUUUAUGUACAGCACCCAAUACUUGAGGCACAUUUUGCAUGAAUUACUCCAGCAACAGGGCAUGGCAUGGCAUUGAUCAGUCCGUGGCACUGCUCAGGUGUUAUGCGAGCCCAGGUUGCAGUCUUCAGCAUUGUUGAGUCUGGCGUAUCACAACUUCCUCUUCACAAUACCCCAUCGAAUUUUUUUUUUUUUAAACAGCAUUGGAGUCGGGUGAGUUUGCAGGGGAGAACAUUCAACAACAGGGAUCCUGUGGCCCUUAACCCUUUCAACACCAUCCAUCCAUUUUAUGACACUUCAGCAGGGAUACCCAGACUUAGUAUAUUAAAAUACUUGUUUUGUUUUCUUUGUAAAUAAUUGUCCCAAAAAUGGCUGUGUAAAUAAAUUUACACCUUUUAUCCAGGAGGUGUAAAAUUUUCAAUAGCUGUCAUCAACUAGUUAUAUAAAUCCCUAAAAGUGUGUAUUAAGGGCAAAACAAUCGAACGUUAUAAAUGAUUGGAAAGUACAAAUUGAACAUUUGAGACUGCAAAAACUUAAUUCAAACUUUUUAAACUCAGUUUUACAUUUCUAGAUCUUUAUAAGUACAUGUAACAGGCUAUGUUUGGCAAUAGCCUAAUGUUUCUUUUAGCAAGGGUAGUUUCUGAAACAAUUCCAGUCCACCUGAAGACAGAGAUCCACAUCACAUACAUGAGCUUUUUUGGAACAGAGUGCCACAAAAGGAGAAUUUUCCUUCCCAACACUGUUUUCUGUUUGUUCACUCAUUUUUAUUGGUUGAGAUAGGCUAGUGGCCUUGAGGAGGAGGGUGAGGUGGCCUGGUCAGUGGCUCAAAUAAGUGCACACAGAGCUGCUUCUGGAAAACCAGUCGUGUAAUGACCAUCUACUGCUUUGCCCUGCAGAGCUUCUUCUGCACAAUGAAACUAUUUGUGACAGCAAGUGCUGAAAAACUAAUUGGCUACCUAUUUGUCCUGUGCUACGACUUUGGAACAUCUGGUUAGAUGUAUCCACACCCCAUGGUUGUUGUACCAGCCAAUGGUCUACGCCUGGGCACAGAGAUCCUGACUUUUCCCAUCAUUGUCCAUCUGCCACCGCAGGACAAUCUCCAGUUUAAACAGGCUGGACAUUGGCACAUGUGGAGACUUGGACCAGGACCAGAUAUUCCAUCUAUUUGACAAAGAGCAGCUCGCUGUCAGGUAUACACCCGAUGGACCCUUAAGGCUUUUUUUUAAUCUCAUGGCCGAGAAGUUUGCAUCACGUCACCUAUGCACUGCCCCACGCAGCACCUCUGCGUAGCUGGUCUCACACACACACACACACACACACACACACACACACACACCCUAAAAAUAUGUUGCUGCACAGAGAAACCUGCAGUCAUCUGUGAUUGGUCAACUUUAGUCACCUGCUUCGACGUACUCACAGUUCCACCCAAGUCGCAGCAUCCUUGAUUGAUUUUGCAGCAUAAAAACAUAUUUGGUCACUUUAGAUCCAUUUGUUCAAGCUGACACCAUUACAUGGUUUCCAUUGUUGUUGUUUUGUUCCUUGUAAUGUAAGGAGGGGGCUACUGGAAAUGAUUACAAUAUACUGAGGAAACUGCACCCUGUUGCAUCCUAUCCAACAAAAGUAGCAACACCUGACUUGAACUGCAGCACUUUUUCACAACUGAGCACAUGGAUUGCGCUCAAAUACAAAGGCAAACUAGGCACAGAAAAGGUUUACUGACAUCAGUAGUGUCUCAAGUAUAAGGAGACCUUUAAGACAGUCAAGAAGGAAAUGUGAAUUGCCCGUCUCUUUAGCAAUGACCAUUUCUCUUGCCUUCCAUGUGCAAGGUGUCAAUGGUCUAUUGGAAACCUGUCAGGUCUGAAGUCUUCUCCAUGACUGUGUAGCCUACAGAACUAGAGACCAUUCAAAGGCCUUUGCAGGUCUUUUGAGUUCAGUAACCAAUUAGUGUGACACCAGGUGUCUUCAACAUGGCACCUUUGGGGUUUUUAGUAGUCUGUUGUAAUCAUUCACAAAACACAUAGAUUGACGCUGACAUUCUAAAGUCACUUUUUUUAAUGUUAUUACUGAAAUCAACUUUUUCAUGAUACUGUAUUCUAAUUAUAUGACCAGCACGUUACACUAUAAAUUCAAAGUUUAAAAAAAACAAAAAAAAAUACCCUUUGAAGACAUUUGACAGGCAAUGGACCAGGAAAGGUGUUUGCAGAGCAACACUGUCUUCUAGUGGCAUUUUGUAGGUCAAAUAAAUGCUAUUCAGAUUAAAUUUAAUAGCCCUUUCUUGUACUAUAACUUAUCCACUUUGUUAUCUCUGGUUGCAGCAGAGGGGGGAGAAUUGCUUUAUCCUCCCUAUGUUGGUUUAUGUACAAAUUGUGUCCCACGCCGGUAAUUUUCAUUUCCUCUUGAAUCCAAGAUCGAUUUAGUUUGGAAGGUAAAUUGUAGAGUCUUUCAAAAGUUGCACACAAUACUAAGAGAUUUCCUCAUGAAAGAAAUCUUUUGAAAAAUGCAUGACCUGGGAAAAACGUAAUACUAUGUAUAGCAUAUUUUUAGUUCAUCUUUGAUUGUAUUAAGGUUUUUAUUACAAGUCCAAAAUGUAACAUGUGAAUUUUGAUAAGUUCUGCAAUUAAUUGCUGAUCAGAGGGAUGGAAAAAGGAAAUUGAAAAUUGUCCAGUUUGUGCUAUUAAGUCUGCACUACAGCACAGAUUUGGUGCUUUGUCUCACUUUACUCACUUUACACUGGUGAUGUGGAUGUUUUGAAAUUUCAGCCACCGAUAAAGUUACUUAGAAAGUAGUCUGUGCUUCAAUGAUACAACCAAAUAAACACUGAUAAGUCUGUCAUUUGAGCUAAUGAGCCACUUAAGUCAUUAAAUUCAUUUGUGACACCUUUAUUAAUAAUGAACAUGACAGUAAGAGUGACCAUAUAAUACAGCACGUUUACCACUAGGUUUCCUCCAGCUAAAUAACCCUUUCCCCCAAACCCCAUCCUGCAGAGCCUGAGUGGGACAUUUUAAUGACAUCAUAUUCAAAGUUCAGUUCCUGUUCUCAUCCAACUUUCUAAACCAUUCAUUGCAACAACCAUGACAACUAAAAAUACAAAUCACCAUCAAACGACUCAAGUCACUAGCAUUAAAACAGUCAACUCGAGCAGAAAAGAUGCCUAACUUGCACUUUUUGCAGUCACAAAAAUUGCAUUACUUGUUCAAUGAUCUUUUUUUGUUUUUUUACCUUAAGCACUGGAGCUCUUGCCCGGCCUACGCUCGGCAGAGACUACCACAGGCUCUGAUUCUAGCGCCUAAGCUUGCAGCGUCCUCCAACACUGUGAGCGAGAAGUGAAGGUGUUUCAAUGAGUACGUCAGCACUGUGCUUAUUGACAGCAGAAUAAACCACCAGAGAACAUUGUCAACAUCACGCAUUUUCUGUUUAAAAAAAAAAAAAUAAAUAAUAUGGCCCUGUCCUUCUGCUGCAGCUUUACAGGACAUGCACGACAAUUCAAAAAUAGACAAUUAAGAGGCCUGUCAUAAUUAUGCACACAAAGCACUUCCUCAUAACCAACCACUUUGUACUUUUGAGUCAAGUCCACAGUCGUACAAGUCAAUUGUGUCACUUUUCAGUUCAUGAAUUCAUUGACAGGGUGAGCAUUUCUUUGCAUGGAUGGAAAACUGGUCAAAUCGGAAAAAUGGACAGUGGAACCUCCAAAGCAGAAGUGGUGCAGGUCCACAAAGUUGUUUUCCCAAACCAGAGGGCUGCAUUCAUCCGUUGAUUAUGUUCUAACAUCAAUUUGUCAAAGACCGUUGCAACCAACUUGUUACAUUCCUUUCUCAAGAGUCAUGCUCUUGUGUCAAUCUGACCUGAGUUCAUGUUUAAUUACCAAAGUGUCAAAAAUCACAACCAUCCCUUUAACUAUCACUACUCAUUUUCAGUGUGUGCUGAUUACAAAAGGAAAAAGUUCUAAACAACCUGUACUGUAUUAGACUAUCAAAUGGGCGUGUGAAACUCACUACAUUGGGGUUUCGGCUCCUACACUGAUGUGUGUAAAUACAAGUUAACUGUAAAACAAAACUAACGAUAUGGUGAAAUGUAAAAACAUCCCCACUUCGUUCAACGGUACACAGUAGCCAGAUUCUUUCAGAGGUUGUAGCUCCAUUUUCUGUUCAAUGGCUAUGAUCACAGGGACCUUCUAUUGCGACGACCCAGAAAGCAAAAGCACAGCCGUAGAACUUAUCUUCAGAUAUAUCACGUCACAUUCAUUCAUUUUUCCAUUCAAUUCUGGAUAUUCUUCUUUGGAGGUUCCACUGUAUUUCACUAUUGUUUCCUUAGGCUUUGCUUACCUGGAUUACUGCAGCAGAACCUAAGGUGCAAGGUCUGGGGGGGUUGGGGGAGAACACUGCAAAGAUCAGAUAUAUAUUGCACUAUAUAGAUAUAUAUUUGCAGUCAAUACGAUUUCUCCUUUCCUGAACUGGUCAAUACAAUCAAGUGCCUUUUAAACAGUGCUCAAUCAAUCAAUCAAUAUUCAUGUGACAAGUCCACGACUUAGCGCGACAUGCUCAGAUGGAACAUUGGCAACACAAAUAAGGUCUAAGUAAGCAUGCUAUGCUGAAUUUCAUCUCGAUCAAUGUCCAUUUUGGUAAAAAGAAAGAAGGGGGAGGGAGGGCAUUUAAGGAGAACAGUCAGCAACAACAACCGCGCAAGAGUAACCGACAUUCAAAUCAUCAAUGCCACUAAAAUGGUGUCCGACAAGCGCCACAAGGUGAAUUCAACAGUCAAAAAAGUCUACCGCCUGGCUUCACAACAGUGAAUACUUACCCAAAGACAAAAGGGAGGGGAAAUGGCAAAUUUUGACAAAAAAUAUGUAUUUUGCAAGCAUCAUUUGGCUCGGUAGUCAGUUUUGGUACUUACAGGACAGGAGGGCUCAACUUGGAUGUGGACGGCGUUAAGUCGCCCCCUGCCUGAGCCUACAGAGCUCAUUGCUUGUAUUGGAUAUGACACUAACAAAGCAGCGGCACAGCAAAAAAAAAAAAAAAAAUUAAAAAAAUUCUCUUUGCGUUAGUUUUAUCAUUUAAAAACGUUUACAUAUUAAGAGUACAAGGGCAGGACAAAAAAAUUUGCAUCAUACAAUUUACCUGACUGUCCUGUAAGAAAAAUAAGGGAACACUAACAAUAGAAAAAAAAACAUUUCUUUGCAAUCACGAAUGGGUGUGGGAAUAUGUAUAUACGUUCUUACCACUUUUCUACACUUGCCUGUGGAGGAGGAAGUGUCUACACGUCAAGGGGAAUAAAAACGGCAUGUGGAUACUAGCUCAAUAACAACGCACACAAGUCGCCUGGCUCAAGUCAUCAAGAAAAAGCAUGACGGCAAACAGCAAGUGUCAAUCAACAAGCGUCUUGUAGACAGUUGGGAGAGAAACAGGAGAGAAUCGCUUUGUGUCAACCCACAGGUGGCCCGCUAAUUGCUCUGAUAACAUAACAUAGCCCCUCCCCCCACCCUCUUGUCGUGAAGGUGGCCCCCAACUUACCAACACAGGAGGUUUCAGUUUAUUUUAUUGCAAAAAACACAACAGGCAAUAAGCAUUUUUUUUAUACCUUUUUAAAACUGAGAUGAUUUACAUGGUAAUGUCUACAGUUCAAUCAUUAACAUGACUUCUAACCACAUUUAAUGUAGAUACAGGGCUGGAAUGACCAUGUGAGUUGAGUUGUCUCACUAAAAACAAAGCAUUUACAAGAAAAAAAAAAAAACAAAAACAAAUAUAUGAAUGGAGAAGAGAGGACGUGCUCGCCGGGUAAACUGCCAUCUAUGUGUAACACUUUCAAACCAAGGAAAUCACCGAGGCGUCUGCAUCCAAACAUUUAACAUAGGAUUUUUGUGUUCGACAAUGAAGCAUUUAC